CAGGACCGGGCCUUUCCGCAUUCGGUUCGACAGAGGCGCGCGUGUUCACUAGCACCACCACGAUGAAGAGCGUCCCCACCGUGUGCCUGUGCCUCGCCGCCCUGGCGGCGCUCGCGCUCGCCGACGACAAGUACACCAACAAGUUCGACAACGUCAACGUCGACGACAUCCUCAAGAACCAAAGACUCCUCGACAACUACUUCAAGUGCCUGAUGGACAAGGGGCGGUGCACGCCCGACGGUGCCGAACUCAAAAAGUCGCUGCCCGAUGCUCUCACCAGCCGCUGCUCCAAGUGCACCGAGAAGCAGAAGAUGCAGACCGAGAAGGUGGUGAGGUUCCUGAUCGAGAAGAAGCCCGUCCUCUGGAAGGAGCUGAAGGCCAAGUACGACCCCGAGGGCAGGUACGAGGCCACGUACAAGCAGGAUGCGGUCUCGCACGGCAUCAAGGUGUAGGAGUGUUACUGUGAUACUGUUUUGUUGUUCUAUUUAAAUAAACCUAGUCUUAAGCGUUA